AUGGACUUUGCCCCCUACCAAUCCUCCCCCCCAGAACACGCCCGCUCCCCGCUCUCCUCCCCCCGCGCCUCCGCCGACCUCGCCCGCCGCCCAUUCUCCCCCGUCACGGCCGCCGCAAAGGCCAUCGCCCGCAGCCCGCCUCCUCUGCAGCACCCCCAGCCCCAGCGCGCCUGGAGCGGCGACCUCGACGGCGCUGCUGCCGCCGCCAACAGCGGAAACUUCUUCAGCAACAACAACAACAACGGCCGGGCAAGCAGCAGUCUAUGGGGCGGUUUCGGCAGCGGCAGCGCGGGCGCGAAUUCCCCCAUGCCGGGGACGUAUCCCGCCGAGGUCAGCGAGUUUGACACGAGUCUGGGGCUGAGGCUGGAUUACGAGGCGUGUUUGGCGUAUCUUGCGUUUCCGCCUGUAGGGGCGGUGAUUCUCUUGAUCUUGGAGCGGAAUAGCGACUAUGUCAGGUUCCACGCCUGGCAGUCUGCUCUCCUCUUCACAGCCAUCAUGGUCUUCCACGUCUUAAUCUCCUGGUCGUCCUUCCUGAGCUGGAUCUUCUUCCUCGGGGACAUUGUUCUGAUUGGAUUUCUCACGCUGAAGGCAUAUCAAGACGCAGAGAUACUAGACAGAUACGAAGUUCCCUUCUUCGGAAGGAUAGCGAGCAGAUUCCUAGACGACGAGUAG